UUGUUGCCGUUUGUAAGAAUUUGUUGGCAAAACCUUUUUUCUGAACCGCCUUGUAUACACGCAUCCGCAACACAUCGUUUUUCAUGGCAGAUUGCUUUAACCGUUGUUGAUGAUUAGCAAACCAGUAGUACCGUCUUGCUGUUCGUACGAAUGAGUAUCUCUCGCGCGCUUCAUUCGUUAAAAAGAAUUAAAUAUGUAGUGCCGACUUUAUUGACCAUUUAGUGAGAUAAUAUUAUCCGUGCAAUCAGCUUCGGAUAUCGUUGGACAUCUUAUUACGAGUCUGCUGAAGAAAGGCAUUAAGCUGGUCUAAUAAACUAGAUCCGUGAAAGAAUUAAAGAUGCAUCGAGAAAGUCUUAUACUUUGCUGCUACGCUUGUCUAUUCAUUGUUAUAUCACUGGAACCUCGACGGAAUUCUGCGAAUGACGAUGUAACAACAAUACAAUAUGCACCUCAUACAAUAUUCACGGGAGGUGUCCAGAAAAAAUGGCAAUACAAUCUGCAUGAGAACAUUACCGAGGAUAAUAAUGAGACGCAGCAUGAAUUUCGUACUAAUUUUACGAAGGAGGACCGUGAGAGCGAUGGAACCUCGACAGAAUAUGAAUUUCAUACUACGAGAAACCAUAAAGAGGACGAUCGAAGGGCAGUACAGUUUGACGUGAACAGCACGAGCGUGGAAGACGAAAGCUAUUCUACGUUGCACGAGCUUCCAAAUCUCAGCAAAGAUAACAACAACACUGAAUGCGUUAACAAUAACAGCUGCAUUCAGCUUUGCUGUCCUUUAGGUGAACAUCUGAUUAAAGAGAAAUGUGUCACUGGAGAAGGUAAUUAUUCGUUUCCGGUCGUCCGUGGAUAUACGAAUAAUUCAUCACAAAUGCAAAAGGCAAAUAAGAGUAUGGACCAAGUGCUUCAGUUGAUCGUUCACGAUCCAUGCCAAGGAAGCAAUCAUUUGCUGCUUAAUGAAACCGACGGUUUGGAAUAUGAUAUUUUCGCCAACGGCUCUUUGCAUCUAUCGCGUUGGAACAUGAUCAUCCAACCGAAGAGCUAUUGCCUCGCCAUUGUACAUCAAGACAAGUACGACGCGCUCGUCUGCAAACAGAAAAGAUCAGCAUUUCCGAUUAUUGUAACCGUCGGCGUCAUAGUAUCCCUGCCAUUUCUGCUGGCAACAUUUGUGGUUUACUCCAUCCUGCCGGAACUCCAAAAUAUGCACGGCUAUACGUUGCGCGCACACGUCAGUUCGCUGUUUGUUACAUACCUGGUCCUCGCAGUGUACCAGCAGACUACAUUACAACAACUGGGAUAUACCAUGUGCUUCAUACUAGCAUUGCUUCUGACAUUUUCUUUCUCGGCGAGUUUCUUCUGGCUGAAUAUAAUGUGCUUCGACAUUUGGUGGAUAUUUAGAAGAAAAACUCGUUCAUCGCAAGGGAACGUGAAACAACGAGAUAGAAAAAAGUUCAUGUUAUAUGCGUUGUAUGGCUGGGGAUGCGCUUUCAUUCUUAUCAUCAUUUGUAUCUUGAUAGAUUACGUGUUAGUUGUGCCAGAGAAUUUCAUUCGGCCAGAAUUUUGCGUUCGUACUCUGUGGUUCAGUGAAAGAGUGGCAAGAACGUAUUAUUUUUAUAUACCCGUGGGUAUCACUAUUGUUUGUAAUAUUUGUUUAUUUAUUUCCACGGCACUGACGAUUGCACGUCACAAGAAAGAUACAGAUCAACAUCUAAGAAAUUCGACAGAGACGAGGCGUCAGGAUGAGAAUAAGCAAUGGUUCAAAAUGUAUCUCAAAUUAUUCAUCCUGAUGGGCAUAAUCUGGAUUAUGGAGAUAAUAGCUGUUCAUUCAUGGGCGUUUAAUAAUCCGCCAGCAUACAUCUGGUAUCCCACCGAUAUGAUAAACGCACUUCAGGGUGUCAUUAUCUUUCUCAUAUUUGUGUGGAAGAGAAAGAUUGGGUUGUUGUUGAUGAAACGACUGGGUUAUCAAAAUUGUUUAUGUUUCUACAGAAAUUCAACGAACAACGAUUGCCACAGUACUUCAACUUCGUAUACUACUGCAUCGGGAACAGUAACUCUUCAAUCUGUUAGUCCUUGCGCGCAGACAUACUGUGGUGUGAAGAGUUCGCCCAACGAAACCAAUACCUAAAAAAUGUUCUUUUUGUUGUAAAUGUUUUUACUGUUGUACAUCAAGCUCAAUCAGUAUCAGUAUCAGAAUUUAUUAGAUGUGUGUGAAAAGUUUAGUUUUUUUCACACAUUUUUGCUUUAGAUGAAUAAUUAUAUGUACAAUUCAGUCAUCAAAAUAUUUGCCCUCGUUUUUUAUGAUUGUCUAUUAUCUCUCCAGUAUGUUUUGGAUUUCUCCAUGAAAAAAAAGAUAUCGGUUUGAAGGUGAUAAAAUCAUUGAUCCAUUUUGUAUCUGAGCCACAUCUCGAAAACACAAAACUCCAGCUGAAGAAUGCUGCACUAAUCGAAAUAAGUGGUAAUCCGAAAACGCCAAGACGAAUGAAUACUAUGUGUGUGGAAAAAUAUUCCACUCCAAGUUAAAAAUGAGUUUGUGAGUGCGAAGAGCAUAUACAUAUACAAGCUUUUCGCUCUAUUAUUCGCUAUAUUAUGUGCACUAUUGUUUUAGGGGAUUAUGUUUAUCAUUAAAUCAUGACAUAUAAAAUUUUAUAAACUUUGAUGCUCGCUCUCCAAAAACCUAAAAUGCGAGAAUUUAUUUGAAGGUUAAUAAUUAUAGCAGAACAGAGAGAAAGAAACUUAAACUUUUGCACAUUUACUUAAUUAUACUUAAUAUUAUUAUACUUAAUUAUACUUUAACAUGUAUGUAUAUAUGUAACUUACUAAUUUUUCGAUUACAAAUAGUCGGAAGAAAUUGUUUUCUUAUGUAUGUUGAUAUAUUUGUUAAUCUCUUUUUUUCUAUUGUUUCGUGAUACCGGAACCGCCCAGCGUUGAGCGCGAGACUGUGCUCUCGGAGCCCUGAUGAUUCCGAGCGUAUGGAGGGAGAGGGAGUUACAGGUUGAGAGAGAACUCGUGGGUACUCAGCGGUCAGUUUAUUUCACUGCAAUUCGUGCACCAAGUCGAAGUAGGCGCAGAUCGGAGAUCUUCAACACUUGCGGAUGACGCGGCGGAUGUCUUGAUCGCGUCGGUUUCGGCGAGCUUUCACGCGUGCACCGAUACACGAGGUGGCAGUUCGUCAAAGACACCGAAUGGUUUGGUGCAGCGGCGAAUCGUUGACGCGCGCCUGACAACAUUCAGACGCGUCGGACGUCGAAAAUGAGAGAGCGGCUCAACAGCGAAGCGAGUUGAGAGUGGCUCGAGACUCGAAUUGGUUUUAGAUCGAUCUUCACGCGAGCGCUGACAAAGCUCUAAUAAUGUUCCCGAGACCUCGCCUUCCUUUGAAUCCCUCAGAUAACUCGACUGACACGGUGACAACAAGGCUUCGGACGUUAGGCUCUUGAUAGAUAUACGUGUCUAAAAACUCGAGUCAAUGUCGCGGACAGCCAGCGGAUCGGCUAGCUCCAUUGUUUCGAGUCGAUCGAGUUCGCGAAAAUAACUUAUUUGUCGCGUUCUUACAUGAAACCAAGCGAGCUCGAGAACUGUCUGAAGAUCUCGAAUAACGACGGAUUAAAUUAAGCUUCAAUGAUUGUAAUUCGGAACAUCUAUGAUAUUCAUUGUUAGAGGAAAAUAUAUUAUAAUGGUAAAAAAA